CGGGCCCCUCGCAGCUCGUGCGUUGCGUAACUCCACUGCGGGUUCACGGCAGUCAGUGAGGCUCACUCAGUGUCGCCGUUCAAUCGGGUUAAAGACGCCUUUUUCCGCGAUGGCACCACUGAACAAAGUCUGCAUCAUUGGCUCUGGAAACUGGGGUUCUGCCAUUGCCAAGAUAGUGGGAGCCAAUGCCGCCUGCAAUGCUAAUUUUGACGCCACCGUUAAAAUGUGGGUGUUUGAAGAGAUUGUGAACGGGCGCAAACUCACCGAAAUAAUCAACAGCGACCACGAGAAUGUGAAGUACCUUCCUGGGCACAAGCUGCCAGAAAAUGUGCUGGCCGUCGCAGACCUGGUGGAGGCGUCCAGUGAUGCAGACAUUCUGGUGUUUGUGAUCCCCCAUCAGUUUGUCGGGAAGGUGUGUGACACCAUAAAGGGCAAGAUAAAGGCCGACGCACUGGGGAUCUCACUCAUCAAGGGUGUAGAUGAGGGGCCCGAUGGACUGAAACUCAUCUCCGAUGUGAUCCAGGAGAAGCUCGGGAUCACCAUGAGUGUGCUAAUGGGGGCCAACAUUGCCAACGAGGUUGCCGAUGAGAAGUUUUGUGAGACCACCAUUGGGUGUAAGAAUAAAAAUCAUGGGGCCCUCCUGAAGGAGCUCAUGCAGACCACUAACUUCAGAGUCACAGUGGUGGAGGAGUCUGAUGUGGUGGAGAUCUGUGGGGCCCUGAAGAACAUCGUUGCGGUCGGUGCGGGUUUCUGUGACGGUCUGGGCUUCGGGGACAACACGAAGGCCGCAGUGAUCCGGUUGGGCCUCAUGGAGAUGAUUGCGUUCGCCCGCAUCUUCUGCACUGCCGGCCCCGUGUCCUCCGCGACCUUCCUGGAGAGCUGCGGCGUGGCCGACCUCAUCACGACCUGCUACGGCGGCCGCAACCGCAAAGUGGCGGAAGCUUUCGUGAAGACGGGGAAGUCCAUUGAGGCGCUGGAGAAGGAGAUGCUGAACGGACAGAAGCUGCAGGGACCGGCAACGGCAGCCGAGGUCAAUCACAUCCUGAAGCACAAGAACCUGAUCGACAAGUUCCCACUGUUCAACGCGGUGUACCAGAUCUGCUUCCAGGGCCAUCCGGUCACAGAGUUCAUAAGCUGCCUGCAGAACCACCCGGAACACAUGUAGAAGAACGACGACGACAAACUGACCAAGUGCCUUUUUGAAUGGAUAACAUUCCCUUUCCUCAGCUGUUACCAGGCAGAAGUAGACCGAGGACCGGCCGCUCCACAUCUGUCCCGCUGCUGAUCGGCUCCAGCCAGUGAGUGCAAUGUUCGCUUUGUGAAGAGGUUGCGUAACAUUUGUUCACGUUAAGCACUAGUUUAACCACUUUGUCCUUAACACUCUUUUCUUUUAAGUGCUUUGGUUCCUGAGACAUUAACAUAAUUGACUUGAAGAGAAAAUUAUGAAGUGGGUUUCCUUUCCCAUGCAAUUGUCCGAUAUUUUUACCCAAUUUGUUUUACAUAUUUCUUUUAGGGAAAUUUAAAUCGGAAGAAAUGAAAAUCCUAACAUAUAUCUAGACUUUACUGGAUAUCAAAUUGAUGAGAAUACAAUUCUAUUUUUCUAAAAAUGAUUAUUGAAUCCUGUUUUGGUCAACCCUCUACAGCCGUUCAUUUAGUAACAUCCUUGUGAGAUGUUCAUGACUCCAAGUCACGCAUUCAGAUUUUGGCAGAGCCAACCAGGCGGCCAGAGGCCUGUUGUCCAUCACUGCAAGUUAUUCCGUCAUGUAAUACCUCAGUUAACUGUUUGAUCUAAAAGUGUCUUAUGUAAUUCACUUUUUCCUGUCUUGUACAUUAACGUACUGUCAACCGCACAGCAACUGUUUUUAACAUAAAAACUGGAAGUGCCUUUGAGCGCACCGUAGCUAAGUUUUUGUUGUAACCAAAGACUGAAAAACGUAACAUCCGUCCAAUAAUCAGUUUGUUAAUGUGACCCUGCCUGAGUUUCACUAAUUCCCGGCUCAUUGUGUUGAUAAUUAUACAAACAUUUGUCUGAAUAAACUCUAAAUUCUAA